AUGGCGAACUUGUCGAACCUCCCCAAGCAGAUGAAGGCUCUCCGAUACGAGAAGCCUGAGGACUGGUCAAUUGUCCAGGUCCCUCUGCCAGAGCUCCGGGAGAACGACGUCCUGGUCAAGGUUCGAGCUUGCGGUGUUUGUGGCACUGGAGAGUUCAUCGCCAAGUUCCCUCUGAUCCCCGGCCACGAGACCGUCGGUGUCGUCGCCGCUGUUGGACCCAAAGUCAAGGACUUCAAGGUUGGCGACCGUGUUGCCGCCGACAACAGUGAGCUUUGCAAUGAGUGCUUCUACUGCCGCCGUGGAGAGCUUUUGCUCUGCGAGCACUUCGAGGCUCACGGUGUCACCAUGAAUGGUGGUUUCGCCGAGUACUGCGCCUACCCUGCCGGCAAGGUCUUCAAGAUCAACAACCUCAACGAUGUCGACGCCACUCUCCUUGAGCCCGCCUCUUGCGCUUGCCACGGUCUGGACAAGAUCCGCCCCCGUCUCGGCUCCAGCGUCCUCAUGUUCGGCGCCGGCCCCACCGGUCUUAUGCUCGCCCAGCUGAUGCGCCACAACGGUGGCUGCAACGUCACCAUCGCCGCGCCUCAGGGUCUCAAGAUGGACCUUGCCCGCAGCCUGGACGCCGCCGACCACUAUAUUGAGCUCUCCCGCUCCGACCCCGAGGUCCAGUUCUCCCAGCUUAAGAACGACAACCCGUACGGCUUCGACGUCGUUGUGGAGGCCACCGGCUCUGUCAAGAUUCUCGAGGACGCCAUCAACUACGUCCGUCGUGGCGGCAAGCUUGUCGUCUACGGUGUCUACUCCAGCUCCGCCCGCGUCUCAUGGCCCCCUUCCAAGAUCUUUGGUGACGAGAUCACCAUUCUCGGAUCCUUCUCCGAGACCUACAUGUUCCCUGCCACCAUCGACUACCUCGACUCUGGCAAGGUCAAGACCAAGGGCAUCGUCAACAAGACCUUCAAACUGGAGCAGUUCGGCGAGGCUCUCGAGUCCAUCAAGAACAAGAGCGCCAUCAAGGCCGCCAUCGUCUUUGACGACGCUACCGGAGUGUAA